AUGACAACUGGGACGGAACAAAAAGACACUAAUUUCACAGUCUUCAUUCGUCUACCAUUUCCAAGGGGCGAAUUUGUUGAUCCACCACCGGUGGAAUGGAAUGCUUCUAAAGACCAGGCAUUAUGGGACAUCCUUUCUCGGCCUUCCAAAGGAGAUGACAUAGAUUGGAAAGCCUUGGCAGAUAAGUUUGAUGUCACUUUACAGUUCCUACUUCAGCAAGCAGCAUGGCUGUAUGACCGACAGCUGUCACAGGUUCGAGCACAGAUGCGGAGAUUUGACCCGACCGCGCAGUCAAAUUCCCCAUCACCAGCCCCGGGGUCUGUUUCAGGUAGCGCAGCACUACCCGGAGCACCUUCAAAGGAUAUUCCUGUUGUUGCAGCGAGUGGACAUAGCCGGCACACAAGCUCCACAUCGAUCGCAACGAUCAAUCAAACUCGCGGUUCUCGAGACCCCUCACGCACUGAUACUCCAACCGCAGAAAGUAACGAGCAUCGACGGGAGCCCUACGGCCGACGUCUAUCAACUAACCGGCGGGAGCCUCCACCAGCUCCAUUCAUUCGCUCUCCACCUUUGGAAGAGGAAGAUCUAUCAUCAAGUCUCCCAGAAUCCGAUUCAGAAGACGAAUCAAACCUCCCAGCACAUCGCUUCAAGCGAUUUGGACAAUACUCCAUGCACCGUGCUAGCCUACGAGAUGAUGAAGAUGACGAAGAUGAUGCACCGGCAUUCUUGCCACUACACAGGGAACCCGAGCAAGGCUCGCGAGAUCGACCAGCUCAAGAGCUGAGUGCCACGCUACGCCUGGAUGCAGAGCGUGCAGCCAUUACACGGCGCCGCCUAGCAGAGCGAUCUGGGGCAAGAAUGCAAGUUGCAUCAGAGUCAUCCACAAGCUCCAUAGGCUCCGGUGGUCCGGUGGUCGUACAGGGUGGGCAGGGUUUACAGCGCUCUGGGGAACCAUCUCGGCCAAGUCCUCGAAAAUCUCAAACUUCGGGCAAAGGGGCUAGCGAUGGGACCCCAAGCAUGGGAAGCAGUUUCAGCGAUCUUGAUGAUGCGAGCGUCACACAGUCCGCUUUGGAAGAGGCUCUGAUGAGCAAUAUGCAACAUGGAGGAAUGGCAAGCAGGAUGAGUACUAUUAGUCAAGCUUUGCGUAGUCGUUACUUGCAGUGA